AUGUCGAAACGAGUAACGAAACAUCUGGAACAUGGACGACAACGUAACGACCAGGACGAACCGAACACACUGAACGAACUUCUUGGAGAGUACCCAAUGCCACGAAGGCAUAGAAACUGGUCAAGCGUGACGGUGACAUCACCUUUGCGAGGGGAAGCGCUUGAAACGCUUCCUCGUCACUGA